UCCUCCUGAAAUCCAAUGGAGUCUUCUCGUUUCACAGUUAAAAUAAAAACCCACAUUGCUUGUCUAUGGGCGCUGGUGACGAUUGCCGUUCUGGUCCCGUCGGAGUGCACGAGAACCAGGGCACGCCACGACCGGCGUUGGGGAGGGGAGCGAGGGCCGGAGCUGGAGCUCGACCUCCCGCGGGAGGCUGGGUGUAGGGCCCACGUGAAGAACCUGACGGAGUUCGGCGGGGUGGGGGAUGGGGCCACCUCCAACACCAAGGCCUUCAACGACGCGCUGAGCAAGUUCUCCGACGACGGCGGGGGCUUGUUAUACGGCGGCCGCGGUAAGUGGGUGACGGGCCCGUUUAACCUGACCAGUCACUUCACGCUCUUUCUGGAUCGCGACGCGGAGAUUCUGGCCACCCAGGACGUGAAUGAUUGGCCUCUAAUCGAUCCCUUGCCUUCGUAUGGGAGAGGAAGAGACUCGGCUGCUGGUGGAAGAUACAGCAACCUCAUUAUGGGAUCCAACCUUACCGACGUCAUCAUCACCGGAAACAAUGGAACAAUCAAUGGUCAGGGCAAGAUCUGGUGGGAUAAAUACAAGCAGAAAAAGCUUGACUACACUCGUGGGUACCUGCUCGAGAUACUUUAUUCAGAUCGUGUCCUCAUAUCAAACCUUACGUUCAAAGACUCUCCUUCAUGGAACAUUCAUCCGGUUUACUGCACCAAUGUUGUAGUUUCAGGUGUGACAAUCCUUGCACCGGUUCAGUCGCCAAAUACUGACGGGAUUGAUCCAGACUCAUGCUCCGGAGUCCGGAUCGAGGACUGCUUCAUAAUCUCCGGCGACGACUGCAUUGCAAUAAAGAGCGGCUGGGAUGAGUACGGCAUCAAGGUCGGCCUCCCGAGCGAGCACAUCAUUAUUCGUCGCCUCACCUGCAUCUCCCCCACCAGCGCUGUCAUCGCCAUUGGCUCCGAGAUGUAUGGUGGCGUCCGCGACGUACGAGCUGAGGACAUCACCGCCAUAACUCGAGUCCGGUGUCCGAUCAAAACCGCUGUUGGCCGUGGCAACUACAUCAAGGACAUCUUCGUCCGUCGCAUGAAUCUCAGCACCAUGAAGUUGUUCUGGAUGACAGGCAACUACGGGCAGCACGCGGACGAUGGCUGGGACCCGAAGGCGAUACCAGUCACCGGGAUCAGUUACAGUGACGUUGUGGCGGCGAACGUGACGAUGGCGGGGAAGUUGGAUGGGAUAGAUGGAGCUCCAUUUAAGGGGAUCUGUAUGUCAAAUGUUACGGCGGAAGUGAUCGAGUCGAAGAAGCCUAUAUGGAACUGUACGGAUGUAGAGGGGGUGUCGAGCAAGGUGAGCCCGGUGCCGUGCUCGGCAUUGCCGGAGAAUGGGCAGGCUUGCCCUUUUCCUAAGGACAGGUUGGAGGUUGAGGAUGUUGAGUUUGGUAAUUGUUCGAAGUAAGGGAGUUUGAGGGCAAAGUAGUAAGUUCGCGUGUGAUGUAGAGAGGAUGAAUGCAUAGUAGGUUUUAUAUGUGUAGACUCUACAAGUUGAUGAGAGAAAAUAAAUUAAUUAGUAUUUUAUGAGAUUUUUGGUUUUUUAUAGCUCGGGUGUUGACUGUUAACUAUCUUUUGUUUUCUUUGAAUAUAUUGAUAUAUUCUAUUCAAGUUGUAAUUCUUGACUA